CAAAUGUAGAAAAAAAUCGCUACAGACGAGUAGGGUCAUUCCUCCCGCGCGUUCGAAUAUGACUCACAAUCAAACCGUUGCUACGGUAACCCAUAUGCCAACAGACCCAUAUCGAUCUCAGCUGCCUUACAGCACGGAUCUAUUCACGCCAUGGCGUCCUUUCAAAGCGACUUUGAAAACUACAGCAGUGAUGAGGAGGAGGCCUUAUGGCAACCUAGACUGCCCCCAAUCCAAGAAGAGCCGGAAGAUGAGUCAAGCUCUCUGGAGUGGGACAGUGAUGACGAUUUUGAGGAAAUGGAGAGGAGGUGCAAUGAGCUAGAAGAUGGGGCGGUAGCUCAGGAGGUGAAUGAGGAGGGAGAGAAGAAGGGAGGAGAGAAAGAGGAAGGAGAGAAAGAGGAGGGAGAGGUGGAAGGAGAGAAGUCAGAAGGAGAGGAAGAGGAGGGAGAGAAAGAGAAGGAGGAGGAGGGACAGAGAGAAGAGAGACAGGAGAGGGAAAACCCUGGAGACACGUGGCCAUUCCCACGCCUGACAUCAUACGUAAUAAGUUCAAGUUCUGAUGAAGAGGAAUGUGAUGCAAAAGAGUUGAAGAAGCAACUAACCUUGGCAAAAGAUGAAAUUGAAGUGAAGACCUUGCAUAUCGACAUUCAUGUGCGAGAGAUCAAACGACUUGAGAAGUUGAACUCUGAGCUGACCGCUAAAAACAAUAGGCUUGAUCGCGCACAGUCGUCACCAGGCAAAAGGCAGCAGUUCGAAAUGCUGAAUACUGCACUGAGGCAUGAAGUACAAGAGCUCAAGGCAAAGCUUGAACGCUCCAUUGACGAAAGUGACGACAUAAUCCUGCAGUUGGAAGAUAAACUGGCGGGUGCAAAUACCAGGUGCAAGAACAUGUGGUCCCUCUUCCGAGAAGCAAGCAGCGAACUGGAAGAGAUGAAGAAGGCAGCAGAAGAGUUUAAGAUGACACAGAGGUGUCUCGAGGCCGACAUUCGAUACGAAGAAGAGAAAAAUGGGAAACUGAAAAGGGAGCUGGAGGAAACAAAGAAAACAUCUGAGAAAUUUCCAGAAAUGAAAGAGUUACUUGAGGCUUCUGUUGAACACGAGCGAGGUGACAACGCAAAACUGAAAAGGGAACUGGAAAAGGCAGAGAACACAGCAGAAGACUUUGCAAAGAUGAAGGAGUCUCUUCAGGCUGACGUUCUACACGAACAAGCCGAAAAUGCAAAACUGAAAAAGGAGCUGGAAGAGACAAAAAGUGCAUCAGAAGGACUUGCAAAAGUGAAGGAAUCUCUUCAAGCCACAGUAGAACACGAACAAAAGGAAAGUGCAAGGCUGAAAAGGGAACUGGAAGAGACAAAGAAGGUGUCCGAAGGAUUUGUGAAAGUGAAGGAGUCUUUGCAAGCGACUGUUCGACAUGAACAAGAAGAAAAUGCAAGACUUGAAAGGGAGCUGGAAGAGACUAAGAAGGCUUCAGAGAGACUGGGAGAAGCAAAGGAGUCCCUUCAGGCAACUGUUCUACAAGAACAAGAAGAAAAUUCUAGGCUGACAAAGGAACUGAAAGAGACAAAGAAUGCAGCAGAAAGGUUCGCAAAAGUAAAGCAGUCUCUCAAGGCUGAAAUUCAGCAUGAACAAGAAGAAAAUGCAAGGCUAAAAAGAGCACUCGAGGAGUCCAAGUUGACCAGAGAAAAUCACGUGAAACAGAACAAGACCGAGCUACGUGAGAUGCUUAGAGAAGAGCUGGGGAAACUGGAAGUGUUUCAAGGUGCCUACAGCAACAAGCUUGAUGCACUUAGGAAGGAGAAUGACGCCCUGGAGCGGUCAGUCAGCUCUCUCUCAGACAGGAACAACGACCUCACCAGUGAGCUGGCAGAGGCAAAGAAGGUUGUUUUGGAGAAAGAGACUCUGGAGAUAACUGUGAAGAAAUUGACUUUGGUCAACAAGAAACAAGCAAAAAAGCUGGAUGUCGCAAAAAAGGCAUACACCAAAGUUGCGAGGACACUGGAGAAGCUGCAAGAAGACUCAUCUUCGGUUGAGUCACUGGAGCUGACAAAGGGCAACAGCACGAUCACUGGCGAACUGGAGUCCAAGAAGGCCUUAAGCAACAUGGUUGAUGUGUUGAAAGAAGAAAACGAGGCACUGCAGUCUUCAGUUGGCCUCCUGACGGAUCGAUGCAGCAAUCUCAUGAAGGAGCUUGCAAACCUCGAUAUAGCUGCACAGGAAACCCUAGAGGCAACUGUACAUCGCCUGACCAUGGACAACAAGAGACAAGCACAGAUUGUCCAGAAUAAAGAACAACUGCUAGCAAAACUUGAGUUCAACAAUAAGUCAAUUCAGCAGAAGCUACACGCUGAGAAUGGCAAGCUGUCUAGGUAA